AGAUGCCGGUGUGCCAUCCCGACUGGCACUCUCUCUCUCUCUUUCUCUUUCUCUGUCUUCCCACAUCCACAUACUUCACUCACUCGGUCUGUGAUCUCGACCAUUUCAGCAUGAGUUAUUCCGGCGACAUGUACACGAGCAGCUCCUACAGGAAGAUUUUUGGAGAUGCGCCACGGCGCGUCCCCGUGGGCAGCAGCCCGUCCCGGGUGACGGUGAGUUAUCGCUCUGGACCCCAGCAGCAGCACCGCACAUACGGCUCUCCAUCCCCCAUGAUUACCUCCUCAAGUUACAGGACCAAACUCGGAUCCAGCCGCGGCGGUGGCUUCCAGUCCAUGCAGGACAGCGUGGACCUGACGCAGACCACCGCAAUCACCAACGAGCUGAAGAUCAUCCGCACCAACGAGAAGGAGCAGCUGCAGGGCCUGAACGACCGCUUCGUGACGUUCAUCGAGAAGGUGCACAACCUCGAGCAACACAACAAAGUUCUGGAGGCGGAGGUCGCGCUGCUGCGCCAGCGCCACAACGAGCCGUCGCGCCUGCACGACCUCUACGAGCAGGAGAUCCGCGAGAUGCGCGCGCGCGUCGAGGAGCUGACGCACGAGAAGAGCCAGAUGCACCUGGACUGCGUGCAGAUGAACGAGGCUUUGGAGCGCGUCAAGGAGAAGCUGGACGAGGAGACCCGACUGCGGGAGGAGGCCGAGAACAGCCUGAAGGGAUACCGCAAGGACGUGGACGACGCCACCCUGUCCCGCCUGGAGCUCGAGAAGAAAGUUGAGUCCCUGCUGGAUGAGAUCGCGUUCCUCAGGAAAGUGCACGAGGAGGAGAUGCAGGAGUUACAGGCGUCGCUUCAGGCCAGCCAGGUGUCUGUUGAGAUGGACGUCAGUAAGCCUGACCUUGCAGUGGCCCUGAAGGACAUUCGUGCCCAGUACGAGUCUCUCUCUGCCCGGAACCAGCAGCAGGCGGAGGAAUGGUACCACUCUAAGUUCACUACUGUAACUGAGCAAGCAGUGCGUAACAACGACGCUCUGAAGCAGACCAAGGAUGAGCUGUUUGAGUACCGCAGACAGCUGCAGGCCCGCACGCUGGAGAUCGAGGCCCUGAGAACCCAUAAUGAGGCCUUAGAGAGACAGCUGGCAGACAUGGAGGACAGCCACAACAACGAGAUCGGCGAGCUACAGGACACUAUUCAGCAGCUGGAAUCUGCUCUGAGGAGCACAAAAGGUGAGAUGUCCCGCCACCUGCGCGAAUACCAGGACCUGCUGAAUGUCAAGAUGGCACUGGACAUUGAGAUCGCAGCCUACCGGAAGUUGCUGGAAGGUGAGGAAUGCCGUCUGAGCUCAGUGGGCGGAGCCAUGCUGCAGUCUGCCUACUCUUAUCCAUCGAGCCGCACUUAUGCUCUAAGCACCUACAGAAAGGUCGAAGCCAAACCUGAAACAGAGGAAGAAGAAGAGCAAGAAGAGGAGGAGGAGAAGGAAGAAGAAGAAGGAGAGGAGGAGGGAGGAGAGGAAGGAAAGGAGGCCGAGGAAGGAGAAGAACAGGAGGAAGGACACGAGGAGGAGGAAGAACAGGAGGAUGAGAAGGAAAAGGAAAAAGUUGAUGAGAAGAAGGAAAAGGAAGAAAAGAAGAGCCCAAAGGAACAGAAAGAGAAUGAGAAGGAGAAAGAGAAAGAAAAGGAAAAGGAGAAAGAGAAGGAAAAGGAGAAGAAGAGCGAUAGCAAUAAGGCAGACAGCAAGAGUGAAAAGGGCGAAAAGGCUGCUGAGGUCAAGAGCAAGUAAAGCUGCGUACCAUCACCGAUCUGCUAUACUGCUAUACUUCACUCACUCACACUCCGUGUCCUCCUUACCUCCCUGGCCCUCUGCCAAAUUCACAUCAACACACAACACCACCACCAAACUAACAUCAUCCACCCAUCUUCACUUUCAUUUCACUAGGUAUGGCUGAUUUCAUCUACUGAUGUAUCAGGAUCUCUGCGGGAAAAGCAAUGAGUCAGUAAAUGGAAUGCUGGCUAAUUUUCUGUAUAGCACUCAAGAGAUUAAACAGCAUCUGUGCAGAGAGUAUAUGAAGUAGUUCAGCCAAAAAUGGUAAUUUUGUCAUCAUUUACUUUCUUUCAAAAAGAGAUAUUAGGCAGAAAGUUGGAGUUUGUGUUUUUUAAUACAACAGAAGUGCAUGCUGAGUAAACUUCAGAGCUCAUUGAAGUAUCAUAAUUAUUGUUCGUGCAAUUUGUGCAAGUCUUCUGAUGUUGUAUGAUUUGUGUGACGUAACUUCUGAAAUAUAAUCUUCAUAUAUCACUUGCUUUCAAAACAUAAACUGAUUGUUCACCCGGAAAUGAAAAUGUUGUCAUCAUUUAGUCUGUCAUUCUAAAACCAUUAGACUUUGGUCAAUCCAGGUAACUUAAACUUAAAAGAUCCAGAAAAGGUUAAGGCUUCAUAAUGGUGAUUAAAUGAUCACAGAAUUUUCAUUUUUGGGUCAAGACCUAGCAGAAAAAAAA